GAAAAACGACGAUAUCCUCCACAUAUAUUGAUAAGAGAAAGAUUUAAGGGAAUCUUUGUAAAUCCAGCGUUCCACUCAGAAUAAAAGAAUGCUGGACUUUAAAAUAGAAUUGCUCAAUCCUCUGCAUACAUACUUCCCGGGGCAAAAUAUAGAGGGAAGGAUUAUUAUAUCCCUGGAUAAACCUAAGACAAUGUCCAGUCUAAAGAUAGAGUUGAGAGGGGAUGGACGUGUUCACUGGACUGAAAGUAAAACAGUAACUAGGGAUGGUAAAUCAGAAACAGAAACAAUUCAUAGAAGGUCUCAUGAGAGUUAUCUUGCGAUGGAUACCAUUCUCUUCAAUGGACCAGAGUUGGGUGCUGGAUUUCAUGUGUUUCCGUUCAACCUAUUCCUUCCUACUAACCUUCCUUCAUCAUUUGAAGGACAGCAUGGAAGCAUCAGAUAUUAUGUUCAGGGUGUUGUAGUGAGAAGCUGGAAAUGGAACCAUAGGGUUAAAAAGCACUUCACUUUGAAUAGUAUAGUAGACCUAAAUAUGUAUCAGGGGUGUAAUCACCCUGGAGAAUCAAGGGAUUCUAAAACAUUUUGUUGUCUUUGCUGCCGGUCAGGUCCUCUCUGCGCUUUAAUUAUGACAGACAGAAGCGGGUAUGUACCUGGAGAAUCCAUAAUAUUCACAGCAGAGGUGGAUAAUCAAUCAAGCAAGGAAAUGACGAACUCAACUGUACAGCUGGUGGAGAAAGUAACCUUUAAAGCUGGUGGACACACAAGAUCAACUUCAAGGAUUAUAGCAGAGCAGCAGCGAGGUCGAAUUGGUCCUGGAGAUUCCGACCUGUGGAACAAGGUUGCAAUGUAUGUUCCAGGAUUACCUCCGUCUAAUCUUGGUGGUUCAUGUAAUAUUAUACAGCUUCAGUAUAUUCUACAACUUGUUGUGCAUCCCUCAGGCGUAGGAUUCGCUCUUACUGUGAGUUUGCCUAUUACUAUUGGAACCAUUCCUCUUCAAGAAUAUAUGAACCAAUUCUCCUAUAACUCCGGGAUAGGUACUGCACCUCCUCCGCCUCCCGCGAUAUAUAAUUCAGACCCUACUCAGAAUCAACCAGGAGCAAUAAGGUUCUAUGCUCCAGGAUCAGACAUUAAUGCUCCUCCACCAUAUCCCCCUGUUGGCUAUAACCCUUCUGCAUAUCCCCCCAGCGCCUCUGCUCCCCCUGGCGCCUACCCGCCCGGCGCCUCUGCUCCUCCUCUGCCCACAAGUUUCUCUGCAUACUCCAACCUUCCCCCUCCAUCCUAUGCAUCAAGUGUAUGGGGAGAGGUGAAUGUAAAGGCUGAUGAUGAUGAUGAACAUACAAGGGGAGAUUUUAAAUUUGUUCCUCAAUAUCCUACUUAUAAUGUUAUUAAACCCUACUAGAUGUUUAGACUUAUACUUCAUUUUACUCUGUGUUUUGAAUAUCUAAUUUUAAAUUUUUAAUGUGAUUAAACCUGUCUAUAGAUGUUCAGAGUUUUACUUGAUUAAAACUUAUUUGUGUUUUUGAAUAUGUAAUUUAAAAUUUUUAAUGUGAUUAAACCUUAGAAGUAUUUGAAUAUGAUACCUUUAUUGUGUAUCUUUUACGAUUAAACCUUAGCAGAGCUGUUUUGAAUUUAAAAAAAAAUGUUUUUGAUUGAAAAUAAUAUUUCACCUUUCGUUAAAUUUACUUUAUUUUAACGUGCUAUCAUAUGAAUGUUGAUAUGCUCAGUUAACGAAGUGAUAGUUUAGGCUAUAUCAUCAAUAGAUGAUUUGGAGAAUUAGAAAACUAUCACUCGGAGAUAUAAUGGGAUUUAAUCAAUAUAUUCUAUAAAUAAAA